GAGAGGAAGAGGGGAGAGAGAGAGCUAUGGCAGUGGUUGAGAAUGCAGGGGUGGAGCUUGGGAAGAGCGUGGGGUCGAACACGGCGAAUCGGAACCCGGAGACUUCGACGACGCCCGAGGACGGCGGUGUUGUUGCCGCAUCGAAUGAUCAGGAUCUGUCCAAGCUCAGCAACGCCGGCGCCCCUUUACGGCACCGCAUCGAUCAGAGCAUGUACGUGAUGGUCACCCCGCCCCCCAACGGCAACAUCAACGGCAACGGCCAGGUGGCGGCGGCUCAGCGGGGGAGCUUUGAUCACGUGGCGAAUCAUCACCAUCAGCAGCAGAGAUCUAACGGCGGAGAUUUUCAGAUGAGUAAUGGGGAUCAUCAUCACGACGUAGACCGGGACAUGAGGGAGCUGAGGGAGCUCUUCUCGAAGCUCAACCCCAUGGCGGAGGAGUUCGUGCCGCCGUCACUGGCUAACGGCCAUGGACUCAAUGCUGGGUUUGUUAACAUGGCACUGAUGAUGCAGAACGGGAACAGAAAUGUACAAGCUAAUGGCUUUCCUGGUCGACGGAGAAACAAUCAAGGGAAACGGAGAAUCAAUAGCAGGACUAGUCAAGCGCAACGAGAAGAUAGAAUCCGAAGGACUGUGUACGUGUCUGACAUUGAUCAACAGGUCACUGAGGAACAGCUUGCAGCUCUCUUUGUUACUUGUGGGCAGGUUGUUGACUGCCGAAUUUGCGGUGAUCCUAACUCUGUUCUCCGUUUUGCCUUUAUCGAGUUCACUGACGAAGAUGGUGCACGAGCUGCUUUGAGUCUCGCCGGGACAAUGCUUGGAUUCUACCCUGUUAGGGUGCUGCCCUCAAAGACAGCUAUUGCACCGGUUAACCCCACAUUCUUGCCUAGGACUGAAGACGAACGUGAGAUGUGUGCAAGAACUAUCUAUUGUACAAAUAUUGACAAAAAGGUUACUCAAGCUGAUGUCAAACUCUUUUUUGAAUCUGUCUGUGGAGAGGUUUAUCGUUUGAGGCUGCUAGGGGACUAUCACCACUCUACUCGCAUUGCCUUUGUUGAGUUUGUGAUGGCUGAAAGUGCAAUCGCUGCUCUCAACUGUAGUGGUGUGGUUUUGGGAUCAUUGCCAAUCAGGGUAAGUCCAUCAAAGACACCUGUUCGUCCGCGCGCUCCUCGCCUUCCAAUACAUUGAGUCAUCUUCGGCAUCCCAGACUGAAUUACGGUUCCAGCUGAAAUAUAUUUAAAUACACAUACAACUAUGUAAAGAUGUUCUCUGUGCCUCUCUGGGCGUUGCGUUUUGUGUUUACUUGCCCUCGGCUUUGAUGGCCUUGGAUCUUUUGUUCUCGUUAGAGUUUAUUAUGAUGUUCUGGAAUAUAGAGUCGAACAAAAGGACCUUGAGGCGUAAAAGAUGACACAUGAAGACCCCCUUUUUAACAGCCUUUUGUAAGUUAAAUGGAAAUGUGGUUCAUUUGUUAA